GCGGGAGGGGCGGCGGCGUGGGGGGAGCAGAUGCUGCUGGUGGCGAGCGGGAGCCGAGUGCGAGCAGAGCGCAGCCGCGAGUGAGGCGCGGGGGAGGCGAACCGGAGCCGGAGCAGCAGGGUCGGCGGAGAGCACCCGGGCGCAGCGGGAGCCGCAGCCGCAAUGGCCGUGGCCGUGGGGAGACCAUCGAAUGAAGAACUUCGAAACUUGUCCCUGUCAGGCCAUGUUGGAUUUGAUAGCCUCCCUGAUCAGCUGGUCAACAAGUCUACGUCUCAAGGAUUCUGUUUUAACAUCCUGUGUGUAGGUGAGACCGGCAUUGGCAAAUCCACACUAAUGGACACUUUAUUCAACACCAAAUUUGAAAGUGACCCAGCCACUCACAAUGAACCAGGUGUCCGGUUAAAAGCCAGAAGUUACGAACUUCAGGAAAGCAAUGUACGGCUGAAGUUAACCAUCGUUGACACUGUGGGAUUUGGAGACCAGAUAAAUAAAGAUGACAGCUAUAAGCCAAUAGUGGAAUAUAUUGAUGCCCAAUUUGAGGCCUACUUGCAAGAGGAGUUGAAGAUCAAACGUUCUCUCUUCAAUUACCAUGACACAAGAAUCCAUGCAUGCCUGUACUUCAUCGCACCCACCGGACAUUCACUGAAGUCCCUGGACCUGGUCACAAUGAAAAAGCUGGAUAGUAAGGUGAACAUCAUUCCAAUAAUUGCAAAAGCUGACACAAUUGCCAAGAAUGAACUGCACAAAUUCAAGAGUAAAAUCAUGAGCGAACUAGUCAGCAAUGGCGUCCAGAUAUACCAGUUCCCCACAGAUGAAGAAACGGUGGCAGAGAUUAACGCAACAAUGAGUGUCCAUCUCCCAUUUGCAGUGGUUGGCAGCACAGAAGAGGUGAAGAUUGGCAACAAGAUGGCAAAGGCCAGACAAUAUCCUUGGGGGGUAGUACAGGUUGAGAAUGAAAAUCACUGUGAUUUUGUGAAACUUCGAGAGAUGCUGAUCCGUGUGAACAUGGAAGAUUUGCGAGAACAGACCCACACCCGCCACUAUGAGCUGUAUCGGCGCUGUAAGCUUGAGGAGAUGGGGUUCAAGGAUACCGAUCCUGACAGUAAGCCCUUCAGUCUUCAGGAAACAUAUGAAGCAAAAAGGAAUGAAUUCCUGGGAGAACUUCAGAAGAAAGAAGAAGAAAUGAGACAAAUGUUUGUUAUGAGAGUCAAAGAGAAAGAAGCUGAACUUAAAGAAGCAGAGAAAGAGCUCCACGAGAAGUUUGACCUCUUAAAACGGACACAUCAGGAAGAGAAGAAGAAAGUGGAAGACAAGAAGAAGGAGCUUGAGGAGGAGGUGAACAAUUUCCAGAAGAAGAAAGCAGCAGCGCAGUUACUCCAGUCCCAGGCCCAGCAGUCUGGGGCCCAGCAGACCAAGAAAGACAAGGAUAAGAAAAAUGCAAGCUUCACAUAAAGCCUGGCAAGCCAAGGAUGUUCCCGCAUUCACCUGCUUUUGCAGUAAUACUGUGUCUCUGCCAUCUGUGUCCUUUUGUUUGACUAUAUAUGGAUAUUUUUUUUUUCUUUUUUUUGCCCCUCCCCCAAAUGCCAAUAACGAUUAACUCAUUGUGCUGAAUGUUGUUGGGUGCUGAAGAAUGAGAACAAGGGAUGCCAGCAGAAGCUCCGUGCCGCUGGGCGUGGUUUCUAGAAAGUCAAUGAUUGGCCUUUUCUGCCUGUUCAGAAUGGCAGCAGUCAGCAUGCCUGUCAUUUGUAUGUUGCUUUGGACUGAGAGAAGGAGGGUAAAAUGCCACACGUACGCCUGAUGUGAAAACAUCUCACUGCCUCAGCAGCUGAACUAUAAGCCUGAUUAGCCAUG